AUGGAUCCAAAUGUUGUUAUGUCUGAUGCUGUCUCAUAUGCUUUCACUAUCCUCAAGGCUAUGAAGGAAGAUGGUAACCUUCCUAGCUGUGACUACUAUGAGAGGCUGCUGCGUACAAGAGUCAGCGUGGGAAAGAUGAAAGAAAAGAGCGAGGCACAUGGUCGUGCACUGGUAGUUGCUGACGACGCUCAAAUUGUGGAAACGCAGACAUCUCAUCAGCUGGACGGGCAGGUAUUGGGAUUCAGCGAGGGUCUACCUUUGGAUCACCCGUUGAUAGAUAGCUUUCUGGCCGAUCAGGGUACAUGGUCUAACGGAAUGUCCCCCGAGGAUCAAUUUUUGAGAGAUUUAGCUUGUGAACUUGGCGAUGAAUUUCUAUUUGGGCCACAGUAA